AUGCAGGCGAGUCUCCUGCCCUACCUGGCGUUUCUCUACUUCCUCAACAACAACGGGGCGAAAACACCCAAACUAUCAGGAUUCGGCUUCGGGUUUCUCCUCCUCUUCGUCAUCGCCACCAUACCUACAGGCAUCAUCUCUAAGACGGUCUACGGAGUCUCACUAGCAGAUGUUGACUGGCUGCAUGGAAGUGCCGAAGCACUUUUAACGGUAAACGAGGGGGGGGGGAGGAGAGAAGGGAGGAGAGAGAGAGAGAGAGAGAGAGGAGGAGGAGGAGGGAGAUACAGAGAGGGAGAAUAA